CCUCCAACAGAACAAUUUAUCUGUUCGUAAUUACACUUUCCAUUAGAUAUUUAAGUAAUACAACAUACUCGUUAAAGGUCGAGUAUACACACAGAAUAAACGAGACAAGCAUUAUGAGCAUUUUAUCGCUCAUUCUGAUGCGGUCGUCUCCUAUAAAACAUGGGUGCUUUUUAAUUCCACUGAUCUGUUCCGCGAACGUCAUGUCGUUGUUAUACAAUUUUUUACUACUGCAAUUGUUUAUUUUAAGCCAUGUUUUUGUACUGGCGACAAAUAAAUUUAACACUAAAGUUGAAAUGAAGCUUGGAACACCGGAACUAAUAAAAAAAUAUGGAUAUCCGUUCGAGAUUCAUAAAAUCAUCACCGAAGAUGGAUAUAUCCUGGAGAUUCAUCGAAUUCCACACGGACGAAUCAAUUAUAAAACGAACUUUACAAGUAAGAAACAUUCGAUUUUAAUUCAACAUGGACUAGCGAGUAGUUCGGCGGAUUGGAUUCUUCUGGGACCGGAUAAGGCAUUAGGGUUCGUGUUAGCAGACGCAGGAUAUGACGUAUGGCUUGGAAAUAAUAGAGGGAACGUUUAUUCGAAAAAUCAUGUUUCGAUAUCGCCAAAUAAUCGACGUUUUUGGGAUUUUAGUUACCACGAACUCGGAGUUUAUGAUCUACCUGCGAUGAUUGACUACAUAUUAAAUCGAACGAAACACGAAAAGCUCUCUUACAUAGGUCAUUCUCAGGGGACAACGCAAUUUUGGGUAAUGAUGUCGCAAAAGCCUAGCUACAACGCUAAAAUCCAAUUAAUGAUCGGUCUUGCACCCGUUGCUUUUACUGGUAAUAUACGCGGGCCGAUUACAAAACUUGCGAAAUUAACAUACAUGGGUGUGUGGAUCGGUGAAGCGUUCGGUUACCCGGAAGUACGACCACGCUCUGUUUGGGAAAAAUUUGUAUCAAAUUUAUUCUGCCAGGAUGAUGCGACAUCGCAGCUCUUUUGCACUAAUUUCUUAUUCAUAGUGACUGGUUUGAGUCAGGCAAAUUUAAGCGCGACAAAUUUAACAACGAUCAUGAAUCACGUUCCUGCGGGCGCAUCUUGGAAACAAGUAGUUCAUUUUGGUCAAGGAUACAUACAUCCUGAUAAUUUUAGGCAAUUUGAUUAUGAUAACGAGCAGAAGAAUAAUAGAGCAUAUAAUUCUUCAGUACCACCAGAAUACGAAUUGAAUAAAGUAAUUGCGCCAGUUGCACUUUUCAGUAGCGAUGAUGACCGACUUGCAACAUCAAAGGAUAUUGAUCUUCUUAAGAAGAAACUUGGUAAUGUAGUAUUCCACAGAGAGAUACUUGGAAACUCCUUUACUCAUUACGACUUCGUAUGGGGAAGAGCUUCAGUAAUAACCGUGUUUGAGCCUAUAUUAGAAUUGUUGGAACAAUAUAAAUAAACAAAUGUAUUACAUUAAUGGUAUAAGGUUCAAGAAAUUAAUGAAAAAUAACAUAAAAAAUUUUAU